CCUUCAGCAUGAAACACUAUGGUUCAGUCGAGCUGCUGAUUUCCAGUGAUGCAGAUGGGGCCAUUCAGAGGGCAGGACGCUUCAGGGUGGAGAAUGGCUCAUCAGAUGAGACUUCGGACUACACUCCAGGAACCUGGAGGAGAACUGAUGUCCAUCUGGAGAACCCAGAGUACCACACCAGAUGGUUCUUUAAGUAUUUCCUGGGAAAAGUCCACCAGAACUAUGUGGGUACAGAUGCAGAGAAGAAUCCCUUCUACCUCUCAGUUGUCCUCUCAGACCAGAACAACCAGCGGGUUCCCCAGUACAGAGCCAUCCUCUGGAGAAAGACUGGCACUCUGAAGAUCAGCCUUCCUUACAGCCCGACCAAAACACUAUCAGUCAAGUCCAUCCUCAGUGCAAUGAACAUGGACAGGUUUGAGAAAGGCCCCAGGGAGAUCCUCAACCCGGAGAUUCAGAAGGAUCUGCUGGUGCUGGAGGAGCAAGAGGGUUCUGUCAACUUUAAAUUUGGCGUCCUGUAUGCCAGAGAUGGACAGCUCACUGAUGACGAGAUGUUUAGCAAUGAGACCGGGAGCGAGAGCUUCGAUAAGUUUCUCAAUCUGCUGGGUGAUACCAUUACGCUGCAGGGGUGGGCAGGAUACCGUGGAGGACUAGACACCAAGAAUGACACUACAGGAAUGAAGUCCAUCUACACAGUGUAUCAGGGCCAUGAGCUCAUGUUCCAUGUCUCCACCAUGUUACCCUACUCUAAAGAGAACAAACAGCAGGUGGAGAGAAAAAGGCACAUUGGAAAUGACAUUGUUACUAUAGUAUUCCAGGAAGGGGAUGACGCAUCAUCGUCCUUCAAACCAUCUAUGAUCCGAUCACACUUCACCCAUAUUUUUGCAUUAGUUAGGUAUAACAGCCAGAAUGACAGUUACAGGCUGAAGAUUUUCUCAGAGGAGAGUGUUCCACUGUUUGGACCCCCUCUUCCUUCUCCACCUGUAUUUACUGAUCACCAAGAAUUCAGGGACUUUUUAUUAGUCAAAUUAAUCAAUGGAGAGAAAGCCACACUGGAGACGCCAACAUUUGCUCAGAAGCGUCAGCGGACCCUUGAUAUGUUGAUUCGCUCGCUCUACCAAGAUCUCAUGCCUGACCUGCAUAAGGUUCCUUUUUCUCCCCAGAACAUGUUAAACCGACGGUCCUUCAGUGACGUGCUGCCUGAGUCUCCGAAAUCAGCACGCAAAAAGGAAGAGGCGCGGCAGGCCGAAUUUGUCAGAAUAGGCCAGGCUCUGAAGCUGAAGACCAUUGUCAGAGGAGAUGCCCCGACCAGCCUUGUUACCACAGGUCUGUGCAGAAAAGAGCCUUGGGAGUCCCAGUCAUUCUGCAGUACCUUCCCCUUUGAGAUCGUGUGUGCUGACUCCUGGGGUCAGUCUCUGUUGGUUGCCCCUGACACAGCAGGGGUCAUGCUGCUGGAUGGCACUGAUCCAGCUUUGUCCAACACUGAGUCGCAGGCUCUUCCUCCUGUGCAGGUGUUUGACAAAACCAUGGCGGUGAAGCAGAUGCAUGUUCUCGAGCCUCAGGACCUGCUUAUCAUCAGGGCUGACAAAGGGAAGGACGCUCGGCUCUAUGUGUUCAGACUCAGCACACUCAAGAGAGGCCUGGAGGAAAGACAGCUCGUCAGGGGCAAGUGUGACAGUCGGGAGAAUAAACUGGAGAAAACCAAAGGCUGUCAUUUGUACUCUAUCAACACUCAUCACGGCUUAGAGCUGAGAAUAGUCGCAGCCAUCAGGAACAAACUCCUCCUCAUAACCAGGAAACAACCACGUUUCGAGGGCUGCAGCGCAGUGGCCACAGGGGCAGACUCACCGGUGGAGGAGUUUCAGUACAUACGGGAGAUCUGUCUGUGUGACCCGCCUGUGGUGAUGGCGUUGGUGGACGGGCCUACAGGGGAAAAUGACAAUAUGAUUUGUGUGGCCUACAAACAUCAGUUUGACCUGAUCAAUGAGAGCACUGGAGAUGCCUACCGGCUACAUCAUGUAGACGCCAACAGGGUAAAUUUUGUAGCAGCCAUUGACGUUUAUGAAGACGGGGAAGCAGGUCUGCUGUUGUGUUACAACUAUAUUUGUUAUUAUAAGAAAGUUUGUCCAUUUAACGGCUCCACGCCGAUGAUCCAGUCCAACACCUCCGACUUCCACUUCAGCUGGAACCAGAUGCCCAAUGCUAUUGUUUGUGCAUUUCCUUACAUCCUGGCAUUCACAACGGAUUCAAUUGAGAUCCGACUUGUGGUCAACGGCAACCUUGUGUACACAGCAGUUGUCCCAGAGCUACAGUUGGCUGCUUCAAGGUCAGACAUCUAUUUUGUUUCGUCGGCUCCGAUGAGCUCAGCCUCCAACUGUAGUUCAAGAGACACCAGUUCACAGAGUUCUCCGCAGACGCCCACCGGCUACGAGAUGCCCAUGUUUCCUUCCCCGCUUGGUGACGAUUCUAUACGGAUCCCCUAUGGUACCAAGCUUUCCCUGUACAUGUCUAAGGAUGCUGAAGGUGAAGCAGCAUGUAAGCACAUCUUCAAGAUCCCUCUGUGUAACUUGGUGGGGCGCAGCAUUGAAAGACCUCUCAAGUCCCCUUUGGUCAACAAGGUGCUGACGACACCGGCCUCCGCCGCAGUGCCCACAACUCCUCUCAUCUCCGCCACGCACUCCCUUUCCUUGUCCCGAAUGGAAAUCAAAGAGAUAGCGAGCCGCACACGGAAGGAGCUGCUCGGCUUGACGGAGGAAUCCAGUGGGAAGUCAGAUAGUGGAGCAGUCAAACAGAGGAAGAUGAGCAAGAAGAACACUGAGGAAGAGCCCAAAGCACGAGCACUGACGUCAACAAACAGCGACAGGUUAGUCUCCGAGUCCACCGAAGCAGACCUGGACGUCCAGCUGCACUGUUCGCCCAGUUCCGAGGUCGAGCCAGAGAAGGUGGUGCUGCAAGAGGAGAGCCUGCCUCUCGCUAGCGGGUUCUCCCUCUCCACAUCCUUCGAAGAUGAUGUCCUGGACCUAAAGUGAAGACAAUCCCAUCAUGCACUUCUCUGCCCACCCACUCCUGUGCUGUCACCACUAUUUUAAUAUUUUGGUUGGUUUGCUUUUAAAUUGCUGUUUGUUUGUUUAUACCUCUGUAUCUUGGGUCUCCCCAUUCUUUGAAAAAAAAUGGGUGCAGUGGGAGUUGGAAGAUGUUUCUGUGUGUGUUUUCGCGAGCAGCCCCUCAGCCACUGUGCAUUGGACGUUUGUGUUGCCCCACAGAAAAUAACCCCAAGAGGCAAUGAAGCAGUGUGAGAGUUCUGUAACAGCUUCGAGAUAACGGUUUGGUCCCAAACCACAACUUGAAUGUAAAUCUACACACCGAGGCAUGACCUAAACCUGUGUUCACAAUUCCCCCUUAAACUGCUAGAGCUUAAUGUGUGCUGUAUAUUAUGUGAUUAUUUCCAGUCCACUUUCAAAUGGUGUAUAAUAUGAAUGUGUACAUCUGUUUAUAUAUGAGAAUGCAUCCACACUGACAGUCAUGGAUGUCUGUCACACCUGUGAUGCAUAUUUAUAGACAUAUAAAAUCAAUUUUAUUCCCACAUUUAGUAAAACUAUGUUUAAUGCUCUCUGCACAUAUUGGUCCUUAUUCACAGUACACAGGUAAACAGGGCUGGAGGCAAAGUCUCCCACAAGUGCCAUUUUCUAUCAUUUCCACUGAACAGGAAAGCCAAAAAGGCCAAAAUGUGCAAAGUUACACCUGCAAUUGCAUUGUUUGUGCAUUGUCUACACAUUAACGUAUGAAAAUUUAAUACGUUAAUGAGUCAGGUACAAGUUACAACAUGUAAACAACACAUUAAAGGUUGAUCACUGGCUGUGGACAGGUCAGGUUAAACCCGGGUGUCCCAACAUUACUUAACAGGAACAGCUUCUGUUAUGCAUCUGUCAUCUUUAGGAACAUUAUUUAACUGUAUGUUGUUGUUUGCAGCUGCUGUUUUUCCUACUCACAAUAAAAACAAACCCCAUAAUAAAUAUAAAAGAAAAACACACACACAUAAAUGUAGCUAUUUUGCUGUCUGGUACAAUUCACUGCCAGUAUAGGUCACCCUGUCCUAGGUCUAAUAUAAACCUGCUACAUAGAUGUUUGAGAUAAGGUUUAGUAUAAUGACAUACUGUAUGUCUACAAUUCACAUCAAUUUAAAAUAUUUUUAGCAUAAUCUAUUAAUUAAU